CAUAACCAAUACUUGUUUAGUAAUUCUGAGGUUUAGGACGAUUUUAUGAAUAGGAGCUAUGAGCAGUUUAUAUUUUACUCUGUCUACGAAAAACCAAACCAAUAAUAGCAACACUGUAUUCAUAGAUAAUAGAUGUUUAGUCUGCGCACUAGCGACAUUUGACAGUGACAUUUGUUAUUUACAUGUCAUAGUUGUUUAUGGUUCUUUUUGAAAAGUUGUAGCCAUGGCGCGUGUACCACCGCCCGCGUUGAAGAAAGACAAGAAGGAGAAGAAGGUUCCUAAAGAUAAAUCUAAAAAUGUUAUGAGGAAUCUUCACAUUAGGAAGCUGUGCCUGAACAUCUGUGUUGGUGAAUCCGGUGACAGACUGACUCGUGCCGCUAAGGUAUUGGAACAACUCACUGGCCAGCAGCCUGUAUUCUCUAAGGCCAGAUACACUGUGCGAUCCUUUGGCAUUCGUCGUAAUGAAAAGAUCGCUGUCCAUUGCACUGUCCGUGGUGCUAAGGCUGAGGAGAUCCUUGAGAGGGGUCUUAAAGUGAGAGAAUACGAGUUGCGACGUGACAAUUUCUCUGCCACUGGCAACUUUGGUUUCGGUAUCCAGGAACACAUUGACCUGGGUAUCAAAUAUGACCCUUCCAUUGGUAUCUAUGGUCUUGACUUCUAUGUUGUGCUUGGCCGUCCAGGUUUCAACGUAGCGCACAGAAGACGUAAGACCGGAAAGGUCGGAUUCCCACACCGCCUGACGAAGGAAGAUGCCAUGAAGUGGUUCCAACAGAAAUACGAUGGUAUCAUCCUCAACAGCAAAAAGUAAAAAUAAAUAAUUAAGUCUUAUUGGGUU